AACUCCAUCACGUCUCCACAUCAGAGCCAGGCUCAGCAUCUUCAGAUUAUCUGAUUAAAGCCAACAACUGCAGUCAUGAAUGUAGGAAUCUACGUGUGUGUUAUCCUGGCUGCCCUGUCCAAUGGCUCUUUAAGUUUGCCUUCACAGUCCAUGGUAAGACCCCCCCCCCCCCAGAGAGUGGACAGCGAAGCUCUGGGAAAAGACAGCCUCUAUGUUCUCUCGCCCCCCCACACACGCCGGGUCCGCUCGGCUCCAGUGCCCCCAUCAGACCAGUUUACCCACUACAGCCAGCUCCACGGGGAUGGGGAUGCUCCCAGCAGCCUGAACCAGCUCCUGGCCAGACUCCUGCCCAGAAAAGGCUCUUCCUCUCAGAGCAGAUCCUCCCUCAGCAGCAGAGCCGUGGCCCCCAACCACAGGAUAAAGGACAGAGACUACCUUGGCUGGAUGGACUUUGGACGGCGGAGUGCAGAGGAGUACGAAUACUCCCCGUGAAGACCCGGCUGGCUUUCUACCACACCUGACCUAACCACCACCACCACCACCACCACCACCAACACCAACAACAACAACAACAACAACAACAACAACA